AUGGCUGUGAAAAUCGAAGAAUUGGAAGUAUAUACAGACUAUCAUGUCGAAGUAAGAGCAUUUAACAACGCAACUUUUGGGCCAAAUGCUACCAUUGCAGUUUUCCGUACGGAUGAAGGCGGUGAGUAAGCACGUCCAUAUGUUGUUUCGCCCUGUCGCGAAAAUCAUAUUUUUUUGCGUUAUUUAUUUAUUAAUUCAUUUUUUUUAAGAUAGAAAGUGUUUUCAUUUUAUCUGUUAAAAGUUUUCCUCGUGUAGCAAUGCUUGUAAUACACAUUCGUUUGUUUGUUUGAUCGCUUGUUUCUUUUUCUGGAAGUAAUGCAAGGCAACUUUGAGGAGACCAAGAUAAACCAAAUAAAAAACCAGCACUCUGAAUUGGCCCUGCUAUCUCUUCUCAAUAUUUUAAAAUUUUAGUUAUUUAUUGAUUCUUGGUUUCAGUACCGACAAGUCCACCUGUUAAUGUCAGAGCAAAGGCAGACGAGAAGAAUGCUACUUUGAUUUCGGUGCACUGGGAACAAGUCCCGCUAGCAGAUCGUCGGGGUGAAAUUUCCCGCUACUUAGUUACUGUUGAACAUGAAGGAGGGGAAGAAAUUACGCUCAAUGUGACUGGUUUGAACGCAACCAUACCUCGCCUCAAACCUUACACGGUUUAUCACGUCACUGUAGCAGCGUGGACUAGCAAAGGAGCGUCAAACGCCAGUGAGAAGGCAGAAGUCCGAACCGAAGAGGCCGGUAAGGAGAUUUUUGACAAUGAUAACUAAAAAUAAAACCAAUAUUAGGACCACGGAAAGCAGAGUGGAGAACGGUUAUAGGGAUUGAAGGACCAGAACCUAGGGGGAAGGAGGAGUAGCCUGCGUUGCUGGCGGUCUGCGAUUUUGGGAGCGGAGAUUUUUGGUGGGUCUUUCAUUUUACUCUCCGCCCUUGAAACCGCAGACCGCCAGCAAUGCAGGCUACUCCUCCUUCCCCCUAGGUUCCAGUCCUUCAAUCCCAUAGUUUAAAAAGCGGACUAUGGAAAAUUGACCGCUGCCAAUGAGGAGGAAUCAUUAGAUAAGAACAUAGCCUUAAGGGAGCAUUACAUAAAUUUUAUUGUGACACAAACAAAUUUCCCCGAACCCCAGGCAAUGAAAAAUUACCUGUCCCUAGGAAUAGGACAUGGGAUACGAGGAACGGGAAUGGGGAACAAGAAACAUGGAAUACAAUACAGGAACGGCAAAUAGAUUAGAAAACAAAAAUCGGAGAAUGGGUGUGGGCGGAAAAAAAAGGAAAACGGUGAUAAGAAGUAGAAGAAUGAGGAGCAGGGAUCGUAGAGCAGGGAUCCGCAACGGAAAAUCUCUUACUUUGAUCAUUUGUACUUGGCUUUGCUCCAGCUUUAUGACAUUCGAUCGGAAUCCGCUCUCAUUAUUCUUAGUCAGCUGUGAAACUCCCGUACCAUUUCCAUAGGAAAUGAGCUCCCUUGGGGGAAAUCAAACUCCCCUAUGGGUUUUGAGAUCCCCAUAUGGAGCUAUCACGAUACAAAAUCUUGAACUAAAUCUUUAAUUAUAGGGAAUUUUUAUUAACUAAAACUAAUUUCUUUGUCAGAAGUUUUCGGAAUGUACAAACGUAAAAAAAUUUAAUAAUAAUAUAAACACCGAUUUAAAAUAACGAACUUGAAAAUCCUAAGGAAAGUUUUCAAGAUGGACAAACUGGGGUGACGGAGCGGGAGAGAGGAUCUGCUUUGGGAUACAAAACAAUACUUUAUUCAAGGGAAAAAAAAUUGCAAAAGGUAUCUCUCGAAAGGGUAUAUUCUAGAGGUUAACCCUAUACAAAGAUUCCCCGUCUUAAAUUUAUGAUCAUUUUUUUCCUUAGCUCCAUGGAAUCCUCCGACGCACGUCAACAUGUCGUAUGACCCCUUCAUGUUGAAUGAUAUUUUUAACUUUACGUGGGAACCAGUGCAAGGAAGAUUAAAUGGAAUCCUUCGUGGUUAUAAAGUGCGCUGGAAGCAAGUGAAAUCGAUUAAAUAUUAUAUCAGAAAUAUUACCAACAGUACAACAAAUUUAGCAUCAAAUCGCAGGCGUAGAAGAUCAGUUUCUGACAUCAUAACAGAAAUCCGGCUAACAAAUUUGAGUCUUUACACCAACUAUUCUUUUGAAGUGGCAGCCAUAACAGUCGCUGUGGGGAAAUUCAGUGACAAGUAUUAUUUCAUGUCACAAGAAGGAGGUAAGCAUUUUCUAAUUAAUUUAGCAAUUCAUUUCUCGUGAGUUCUUGUGUGUUUUGUCGUCUUGGCCGCGAUGCGGAUUUAUCAAAUCCGGUCACAUGGACUUCAAGAAAAUCAUAACGGCGAAGGCAACUGUAACCUGAUAACGCCGGUAACAACACAGAAAAUUCUUGAGCACAUCCUUAUGCGAGUCUUCUGAGCCUUAGCUUGUAAUGUGUUGCAUGACCACACAUUUAUUUUACCCUUUGAGUAAUGUGUCCUUGACCGUUGUAUGGGACUUAAUUCUCGUCAUCGUUAGUCGUGUUUGGGUUUGUCCUUGACCUUGCUUACAGUCCUUAACAGCGAGUUUUGUUCACGUUUUAGUUCUCGAGGAUUGGUUGUAGAUCAACUACUUUGUUAUUCAUUUCUAGAAGAAGAAGCUAGAGUUGCUCUUGGACAACUCUUACGCAUCUUUCGUGCUCUCCAAACUUCCCGCGUGCUUCAUAUCUCGAUGAACGCACAGCUGACGUAUGAACCAAUUGUUUUAUAACAUUUUCAACCCGAUGGAAAAUUUUUUCUCGAGGGAUAUGUUUGCUGACGUCAUGAGCGUGCACAAUAGGAAUAUGAAGCACGCUCGCGCAAUUGAAUUUGAUUAGACUUUACUAGCUAUGUUAUGAUGUCUUUUGAGAUUAAUUUAGUAACGUUCUAGAAAAUAUGUUUACUCUGCCAGGGUCAGUUGCCCCGAAAGCUCAAACAUGCCUACCGAUAGGGUAUUAAAGAGCGUGUACUUAGGGCUGAAAAUAAGAGAGAGGGAGAGAGAGAGUCUCAGAGUGUGAAGUAAAGUUCAUGAUCAGACUCCUGGUACCUCCGUUUGUGCAUGGUGUUCGAGCCGGUUUUUUCCCAACUGUCCAAUAUAAUUCUAAUGAUGUUAGUUUGUAGAAUUUGGUAUCGGAUCAACUUAUAAUCUCAUAAUAGAUAUCUUCUAUAUUCUCAUCACUUUUUUGCUUGAUAUUGUAUCUAUAUUGUAAGGAGAAAUUCUGUUAUGAUCACUUGUGCGAGUGAAAGGGUCAAUUUGGCGUUUGUGUUUGCACCAAACUGCUGUCCAGCUGGCUGAGUUUAUAGAGUGCGAAACGACUGGAAGGUCGAAGGUUUGAACCUUGCAAGGGAAAACGCACAGGGGCUCAAGCUUAUCAACGAAAAUGUAUUAGCGAAAACAUCUGUAAAUGGUGAGACAAGUUAAACUUUCCGGCGAGGAUCAAAACCCACCUGUUAAAUAAGAGAGGGCGAAGCUCCCCUAACCCCUUCCCCCUGAGAAAGAGGUUGUAAAGUCAGCUCACCUCCUGUAUCGUCUUUGGAGACCUCAAAGAACCCACACACUUAUUCCAAAGAGCAGUGACAUUUCUCUGCAUUAGGGACAUCUUCAGAAAAUUGCCUUCAAUUCUUCGAAGUUGGAAACCAAAUAAAAUUGAAUAAUCACUAAUUCAUCAUUGUUUUCCUUCUCACAACAGUCCCAACAGCACCUCCAGGUAACGUACGAUCUUACAACACAAGUUCGAGCUCAAUUUUUGUAUCGUGGACACGGCCCAACAAAAGCGAAAUUCAUGGGGUUCUUAAAGGUUACGAGAUCUCUUACACCCCAGCUGAUAACGCAAAUGCCACGCGGAAAGUGAUGCUAUGUCAUCUGAAUACUUCAUAUGAGCUGACGCGUCUACGCAUAUUUACUUUGUAUAACAUCACGGUGGCUGCUUUCACCAUAAAGGGGAUAGGAAAUGAGAGUCAAUUGCUUCAGGUCUAUACCGCCGAGGAAGGUACGUUUUAACUUUUAUGACGUAUGAAUCCAAGUGAUGUCAAUUAUUUGUAGCGUAAUUCUGUUAAAGAGGUUACAGUAUGCUUAGAUUAAUUCAGAUGCAAUGACAUUCAGCUAAAUUCACGCAAAGUAGAACAAUAUACGUACGUGGAAGAAACAAUGAAAUAAUUCUACGGGGUUUAUCUUCCUCGUCUCCUGCAUCUUCUUUGUACUAGUUGCCAGGGACGUUAAAGAUAUUACACUCUUCGCGCAAAGAGAAGGCAACUUAGCUCCCAGUGGUGAGGUCUAGCAUUGUUAUCAUUGAUACAGGCCCACAUUUAAACCGGCUUUAAGUGCCCAUGACACGAAAUUUUUUGUGUGUUUAUUUAGUUUAGCAAAUGUACAAACCAAUUCCGAUAGAAAAGAAAUUUUAAAAAAACUUAAAACUCAGUUUUGGCCCAAAAGUGUCACGUAGACCGGUGACUAGUUAGCGGGUGAUGACGUAGAAAACUGUGAAAACUCUCGGUCGACACGCAUAAAUUACUCACAUAUCUUGUAAUUUUGUAUUAGUCAGCGGUGAAACACUUUUUAAAAUGAUGUUUGAUAGCGAUUUAUACCUAUCUUCAGCAAGCUCUACUCAGAGUUGUGACACUCACUUUCCAGCUUUCCUGACACUUUAUUCCACGAGGAUAUUUUUAUACGACAUGUUUCAUCAGGUUAACGGUCUGGCUAUAAUAAAGUUUUUAAUGGUUACCAAGCUCUCUUUAAGUGAUAUAAUGGUGUAUUCAACACGAAUUGUAAGUUGUAAGUGCUCGGCCGUAAAUGCUCACUGUCUAGGGUUAUCUGUCUUUGUAGCACCACAGGCACCCCCAGAAAACGUGACAGCAGUUGCUGUCAACGGCUCUAGUAUAAGAGUGAGUUGGGGUCCUGUGCCAAAGGACAAACGUAAUGGAAUCAUCACGGGGUAUAGAGUUCUAUUUGGAUCAAGAACUCUUAAAAAUGUCACCAAUGGAACUAGGCAAGUUCGUGGAACCCGAAAUUCUGUGGUGAUCGGAGACUUGGAGAUGUUUGUCACUUAUUCCUUUGGAGUGCAGGCUCGUACAAAAAUUGGCAGAGGGGACUUCAGUGAACCUGUAAACCAAACGACUACUCAGACAGGUAGGAAAACCAUAGUUGUAGCGCUUUACCGCUGAGCUAUGUCACGGUUUGUGACUGAAUUUACGUGUGGGUCUUCAUUUCUGUUCGUGUGAAUCCUAUCUAUCCUUAGCCAUCUUUGUUCCUUCAUUGUUUAUCAUUAUCUCUUUUGAGUUUUUCCAAUAUCAUAAAAUAAUAUUCUGUAGUCUUUCCAAAGUUGAAGGUACUUUUGCAAGGCGCAAAAAAAAUAGGAGGUGGAAUAUCGAAGCAUAUCACGCUCGCUUAAAGGCACUCUACAGGCUCAGUAGCUUAACGAUGGCUAUACCAAUUUCGUUUUCACGAACGAAAAAACCAGUCAUCACGAUUAAAAAUGGUAAUAGGACUGAAUGCAGCCCAAUGCGGUCGGUAAUCAUACAAGUGAUUGAGAAAGUCGAACGACCCCGAUGCGGGAGUCCGAUCUGUUAAGCACAGGUAUGAUUACAGAUCGAAUUGAACGACACGAGAUCUUGUUACCAAUCAAUCGAAACCAUGACCGUUUUUCGGAAAGACUGAUUAGACGUCGGUUUUAUACAUUUUCGUAAAAACAAAAACAAAAGUUAAGUCGGCGAAAUGCGCGUACACGAGGCGCACCGUCCACUUACGCAGGCAAGACGCUUAACUAGCCCAUUACAUUGCAUUGUACAAGCAUGACGCGCACACUGUCCUAUUAAUGACAAAAUCGGGCUAGUGGUAGCCAAUCAUGUUCGAGAAUUUUGUCGUAAUUUUCACUAAUUAGUGAUGAAAUGAAUGAAAUAGAUAUGUAGGCCAUCGGUUAUCUAACUUCUUCGGUGGCUGCGGUUCAUGACGGCCUACCGCAAACAUGGUAGUCUUUCAGUUUUGCUAAUGAUGAUUUUGUCAAAUUACGUUGAGGAAAAUUUUAAAAUUGAACAGACCACGACAACAUUUAGCUUAUCAUCAAUCUUUACCGCAACAGCUAGAAAAACCCCAGAGAAGUGCUUGUACGUUUUUUUUGUAAUUGCAUAAUUGAUUUUAUUUCGAUCCUUUUGCCUUUUAGUCCCUAAUGUUACCCUGCAGCUCAACGGAAUGCCUAGUAACUCAUCUAUUAACGUGACAUGGAAGGUGAUUGAAAAACCCUUUGGGUUAAAUACGCCUGAUAAGUAUGAGAUAGAGUCAUGCACAGUCGAUGAUUCAUGUCAGAAUCGCAGCUGCUUAACAAACAUCACAUCAAAAAAUUGGCAUGAGUUUACAAAUCUUCGUGGUGGCACUACACACAAGUUCAGAGUCAGGCCAAUAGAAUUAUCUGCAAAGGAUGACACGGUGUUAAAGUAUUCUGAAGGAAAUUUCAGCGAACAAAUCAACGUAACGACAAAAGAAGGAGGUAAGGAUAUUAACUGGAAAAUAAUUUGAAUUUGAUAUUUAUGAUACUUGGACACAGUAAGAACAGAACACAGGCAAAUGUAAGCAGUAGGCUACCUUCACUUUAAAACCCUUAGAAAACUAGAAUCUAAUUUCUUCUCAAACAAUCAUCCAUGAAUCAUGAAAUGUUAACUUCAUGAACAAAGCGGAUAUGAUAAGCAACAUAAGAAGCUCUUGUUUCUCCAGCCAAUUCUCCGAGUCAUUACCACAGGAAAUGUUCCGAAACAAUUUGGAUAAUUUGAGUACAAGGAACAAAGGAUGAACAUAAUGGCGGCGUAGAUUGUGCUUUGCUGAUAAUUCAAAUUGUAAUUUUCUUGUGCAUGAGCAAUGUGAUAACCUUUUUGCUUCGUUUCUUUCUUUUUAAUUUGAACUGAGUGUUAUUUCGAUCAGCCAAAAUUUUCGUUUAUUUUGAGGCCGGUAACCUUUUGAUCCCUAAAAGUGACCAGCAUCUAAUUUCUCCUUACAACAUCACCCCUGAAUCACACUUUGAGGUCAUGAGAAUAAAGGAAAUGAUCACCAACAAAGGAAGCUCUUGAUUGUUAAACAACUUCUCCUCGUUAGGACCCUGAGAAAUGUAUGGAAAACAGUACGGAGAAUAUACAUACUGAUCUUCAGGGGUAAAGGCUUAAGAAAAAAGUUGAAGGGAGGAGCCAUUCAUAUUUGGUCAAAAUAGCCCAUAACAAAAUUAAAAUUAUUUUAGGGCGAGAAUUGACCAGAAAAUUGUUAAAAUGUAUUUUGCGUGAUAUCAAAGAUUGAAUUUCAAAAUUGAGCAUUUCGUUUACAGCGUCGUGAUUUCACUAUUGAUCCGCAGUCUCUUUUCCGUUUAUUUCUUUCCUCUUAUCAGGAUAUCCCGGAUCAUGCCCAUUACUACUUGGGUUACCAUAGUAACACAUAGCUACUUAAAAACACCCACAGUUUGUCAGUUGUAACUAAAAAAAUGAGUUUUUUAGUUACAAAAUCUCUAUUAUCAAAUAAAUGAACAGAAAUAAGAGUAAGGAUAUUCCUGAAAAUCUUCACUGUUGCUAAGGGGUUCCCAUAAAUCAGCCAGAGCUUAAGAUGGACUUGUCUUGCACGCUUGAGAUUCCAACUUUUUUCCAUCAAUCGUUUUUAAACAUCAGGUUUUGUGCUAUCAAGGCGCACGUAUUAGGAAACGAACGUGUUGAAGACAGUUUCGUCUAUUUACAUUGCCAGGGCGGAAAUUUUUUCUAUGCAAUCUUUUCCUGAAUAAAAUUAAUUAUUUCUUGUUGCGUAUUGUUAAAAUGCUGUUAAACAUUUUUUUUUCACCCAGCUCCAACAGGAUCACCUUUAAAUGUCACUGCAAUCCCUCACAGCCAAAGCAGCAUCAAAAUUACAUGGGAUGAAGUUGAUCCAUGCUACAGAAAUGGGAAAAUAACUGAAUACAACUUAGAAGUGUAUAACAGCAGCGGACAAGGGAUACAGGCUAUUGAUUUCAACGAUACAACUCCGCGUGUAGGGAUAGUGAAAAACCUCGUGUUCGCGAAUUACAGCGUUCGAGUCAGAGCCUCCACAGUUGCCGGAAAUGGACCUUUCAGCCAGUCGAAGAAUACGACAACACAUGAACCAGGUACGACCUGAUAAAAAUGAUAAUUGAACUGAGUGGGUCAUCAGGUGAUUUUUUAGGGCAUCGCUUGGUUGUUAAGGGGAACGGUCGAACGGAGAGAGGGGGAAGGGAAAAGGGGGUGCAGUCGUCGUCAACAGAGUAUAAGGGGGGCUAAAAUCAAUGACAAAAUAUGAACUUCAACGGAGAUCGUUUGUUCCUGUGCGAGAAGAGCAAGAAUAUUGCACAGUUCCGCGUAAAUAGAAUGUUCCAUCUUUAUUUCAACCAUUACAAAAAUGCCUCUAUAGACCGUUUGAAUAUAGCUUUGGAUGUAAUUACAUAGCUUUUAGGGGGAGUGGAGUUGGGAUCAGUCGUUACCGACAGAGUAAAGGGGGAAGGACUAGAAAAAAAUGACUGCCGAUGAGCGGGGUGGGGAAGGGUCGUUGGAAUUUAUAGAACCUUACGGGGGGGAGGGGGGAAAUCGGGUAAAUUUCCUCGUGACACAACCAAAAACAACGUGACGUAACCUCGUCCCCCCUCCCCCCCCCCCACUCUUAGGCGAUAAAUUAUGACUGAUCGUUUAUAUACACAUUUUACAGUGGCUAUGAAGCAGUGACAAGCCACAGUAUAUCUUAAGUUAAACCAAGUUAUGCAUCUUUGUUGUGGCUGGUUCUGAUUUUCGACAACGUAAAAACGUAAACAAUAUUUUGAUCCAAGAAUACAAUUACAAUAAAAACGAUUAUAGGAAUAAUGAUAAUUUGAUUUUUAUUGAUCUCUUUCGUCUAUUUUUAGCACCGAACUUUGUUCCACAAAUUUUAAGAGUCACAGCCACAGGAAAUACAACCAUCAAUGUGAAGUGGAAUUGCACAGGCAUCCCACCUGGCGAUUUGGCAGGAUACAGUGUUUGGUACAACUCUACAACCGUCACUCAACAGAAAACCGUGGACCGACAACCCUGCGAAACAAACUUAACUGGUCUCAAACCAUUCACUGACUACACAAUCAGCGUAGCAGCUCGUACAACACAACCCGGAAACUAUAGCAAAGAGCGAUCCGCUAAAACUCUCGAAGGAGGUAUAUAGAGAAUCUACUUGUUCUGGUAAAUCUUGGUUUAGACUAAACAAAUCCCCAAUUAGUUACCGGAGGUAACCCAGGACGGCACUGAUUUUGCUUCACUACACCCUGUGAUUGACACGCGCAACUCUCUCAAAUAAUCAAAAGAAGCGCGUUAAAACGCACGUGACCAACAUUGAGUUUCCAUUAGCCCCCUAUCUCUCUUUUAAUUGGCCUUAGUUAACUCGCACAAGUGAUUAACUCCCCAAAGUAUCCAUACAUUAUUCAGUAAACAGGUAACGAGAAUACUCGAAUUUAUCAGGUGGAAGUUAUCUUGCUCUGACGCCAACUUCUCUUAACUACUUUGUAAGGAAAUGUAUAGCAGCUAGAGGAGAGAAUUGACAAUCAGAUCUUGAGAGUUAAGUGGUUAAGGGCCCAGAAAUGCAUACCUUUGAUUGACACGAAGCCAAAGUUUCGAAAUACCCCCAACCUGUUUUUUUUUUUUUUUUUUUUAAGUUUUAGUGUUAACUUAACGUCAAUCAAACACGUUUCGAUGACUUGACUUUUUUUUUCUAUUCACUCAGUGCCUGGAGAAGCGCCAGAAGUCGAAGUGGAAAUCCUGGAAUCUUCUUCAGUCUCCAUCACUUGGGAACCAAUUCCCGAAAAUUCCCGCAACGGCAUAAUAAAGGGUUACCACAUAGAGUACCACCCUGAGGACGAAAACAAAACUGCAGUUCUGAAAGAAAACCUACCAAAUGAGAACUUCACUUCUCAUAUUCUCACAUCGCUGAGAAAAUUUACGACUUACAUGAUUAAGGUGGCCGCGUAUACCAAAGCAGGAAUCGGCCCGCUAUUCAAUAAAACAUUCAAGACGAGUGAUGAUUGUAAGUCCGUAGAUUAAAUGUUGGAAUGGGGAACGGUAACUCGGGACAAGGGACAGGGGACAGAGGACGAGAGGGGAGAGACAGAAAAACGGUGGAAAUGUGGAGAAAGGGAAGCAGGGAACCUCGGAAUUCGAAUUCGAAUGAUGGAAAGGAAAAGAUUGAGAAUAUGGAAUAGGAAAUUUGGGACAUAGGGAAAACAGAACCCAACACCGAAUGUAGAAUAGGGAACGGGGCUUCGGGGGUUCAGUGAUGGGGAAUAGGGGACGAAAAACGGGAAACGAAGGACUUGUAGCAUACAGUUAAAAUUAGUAUUUUGAACACAUUGUACAUAUCACCAUACCUAACAGUAAUUUCAAAUACCGUAAUGAUUCAAUUUAGUGCUCGGGGCGCCUAAUUUCUUUUGGUACCUCAAGGGAGGACGCUUAUUCGAAACAAGGCGCAUAUUGGGACAGGGCGAUUAGUUGGACAGCCCACUUAUUUCUUUUUCCAGAAACAGCAGAAUGUGAAACAAACCUUUGAUGUUCAGUUAACUACGGACCACCUAGACUGGAAAACAGACUUGUCGUCCCUGGAUCCUUUCCUUGCUAGAACCAAUAGCCAAGAAACUGUCGCAAUAUUUUAAGACGGAAUAUUUCGUUUGAUGGUUUGAUUUCGUUGAGAGACCGAGACAAGGACCACUUUUUGUUAAAGGAGGAUAGAACACGGUUGAACUCAACGUUCAUGCACUCUAACAAUAAUAGUACUGAAACAGAAUUGGGGCGUUGUCGGAAUAGGGGCGCUUAUUGGAAUGAGGGUGCUUACUCAAUAGGAGUAAUUGUCAGAAUAGGGGCGCUCGUUAGAAUAGGCGCGCUUAUUAACGAAAACAAACUCGAGGGGAGGGCCCUUAUCAGAGAGGGGGCGCCUAUUGGAAGGAGAGCGCUAAAUCGAAUCAUCACGGUAAAUUAACAACUAAAUUGGCAAAUAGCAUAAAAAUUAAUAUAUAGGUGUGGCCAUUUUCUGCUCGAUGCUCUUGAAGGACAAAGAAAAUGACGGGGAUUGAGAAACGAGAAACGAGAAAUAGGAAGCAAGAAACGAGAAACAAGAAACGGGGAACGAGAAACGAGAAGCGAGAAACGAAAAAAGAAAAACGAGAAACGCAAAACUGGUAAUGGAGAAAUGGGUAACGAUGUACUUAGAAAUUAUUAAUGCCUUAAACGUAGUUUUUAUAGCAUUCAGUUAAAAGGAUUUCUCGUAAAAGCUUAAUUGAUAUGAGGAUUCUUUAAUUUAUAUCCAUAUUUCAUAAACCGGCAUUCGUAAACGAAUAAAUAAAUGAUUAAGAUAAACAUAUCUUACCAUCUAUCAUUUUCUGGACGAUGCUCAUAAAGUGCUGCUCAGACAACAAGAUUGAAAGAAUUUCUACAUCCUGACCAAAUCUUUUUUCUCAUUAGUUCCCAGUGCAGCUCCUAUAAACCUAACUGCUAUCAACUCAGUCUCCCCACACGAAAUCAAAGUAACCUGGAAACCAGUCCCCGAAGAGUACAUGAACGGGGACUUAGUUGAUUAUCAAGUGACGUAUCAGCGAGUGAAGAUUGGAGGUGUACCAAUAGAUUUUGAACCUGUUGGGUCCGUCUCUACAGGUAAAAAAAAUUCGUGGACUUUAAAGAAUCUCGACCCUUAUUCUGAGUACAAGAUUACCGUCGCUGCUAGGACGGGGAGAGGACUGGGCCCCAGAACGUCAGCUUCAUAUGGAGGUAAGAAAUUGAUUAUCACUCUUCUUUUACUCAUGCUCAAGCAUGCAGGGUAUAAAAUAAAAAAUAAAGAUAAAAUCAUGAUGAUUUAAGCGUUGAGACAUCAACUACGUAGCGCCCUUCUCUUCCACUAUCUCCAGGGGCUCGUUUCUCGAAAGUCAUUCGAUAAUAGCUGGUCUUAACCCUCUAAUAAUGUACAUGAAAAAAUUAUGCACUUCUGAUUGGCUGAAAAAGGGCGCAUUUUCAUAUAACACGUUUAGAGAAUAUCAAUACCACUCAUGAUAAGGGUGUUAUGUAUUAUUAUUUUCAAAACGUCACAAAUAAAACUACAAGGAAACAAAUCAGAAAGGACUGGUUUGUGAUCACGUCCGAACACAGUUUUCGAGCCAUUUGAUCACUCUUUUCAUUCUCAAAACGCUGAAAGCAUUUUAUUUAUAUAACACGAAACUGAAACUUAAACGAUUCACCGUGAACCGUUCUUCUUUAAGUGCAAUCACACUGUUACUACAAAAAGUCCACCGUUAGCGCCAACAGCCCCCCUUAAUUUUCUUCCCUUUGUUCCUUUUUCCACUCAGAAACUUGUCACUGCGAACAAAAUUUCACGACAAGUUGGAGGCGAUACGAACCCUAUGUUAAUUUCACAGAAGACAAUGAACCUGGUGAGAUCAUUCCGGUAGUUCUUCGUUCCAUGGUUCGGGAAUGUUGCGGAAAAUGCCAGAGUUACGGAGAGGUAAAACUUGACUUCAAACGCAACGGCAGAUCGAACACAUCGGAGCGCCAUUCUUACAUGGAUCUCCUACAAAAUUUGGACGAAACCACUGAUUUUACUUUCCCUGUUUCUGGUUACAAAGAACAAGACAGUUAUAAAGGAGGCUACGGCUUUGCGCCAAUCAUCGAGUCCGCUGGUGUUGCUUUUAUUGUUUACCCAGACACGAUGCAAAACCAGAACACUAUGUACCAAUCAGUGCUUCUUUGUUUACCUGUUAUGAGUUUGCCAAUAGUUUUAGCUUACAUCGCCGGUGUCAUUAUAUGGUGUUUGGUGAGUAAAAUUUAAAGCUAACUCUUCACGUUUUCUAACAGUGUUUUGUUAUGGAACACUCUCUCAGAGGAAGCUGACGUGUUGCGUGACGGGACCAAAUUACGGUUAUCAAGGAAAUCAUCACUAUCCGGUGCCGGGGAGGGCGUAGGGUAUUGUUAAACAUAGAAAAAAAAUUACAUUUACAGGUGUUAAAAGAUUGAACCGACAUUUGGGAUAAUCCGAUAAUCCGGUUCUGUGCAUAGUUACCCAGUACAGCUCCGGGGCGUAAACUAUUGUUUCGGUGGGUUCAAAAAAAUAGUUUUUUUCACAAUUUGUUUCCUCUAUCUUGGAUUCAGUGGUUUGGGGUAAGUACGGUUUGACCUGUAGAAAACUUCAUCAUGCGUCCAGAAAUUAAAAAUUGUAGCAAACUUUUCAAUCUUUAUCAUAGUUAUCGAGCGUACAGGUAUCAUUCCGUUCAUUACGUAAAGUGAUUUGCUUUCUGUCAUACAUCCAUUAGGAAAGAAGACAAAAUCCACAAGAUUUUCCACCCUCGUUUCUUCUUGGGACCUGGGAAGGAAUUUGGUGGUCGUUCGUUUCCAUGACAACACUUGGGUGAGUUAAAGUCCUGGGCCCAGUUGGGCGAAGGGUGCCCAGUUGGGCAAAGCAUGGAGAAACACUCUAUUACGUCUCGUGUUUCUCCCUACACUUUUUCGUGCUCUAGCCGCUUCCCACUAGCUUUACAACGGAACAGAGCACAGUCAAGGCUUCUCUAUUUGUUAAAUAGAGGAGGAAUCCAAAAUGAAACUUUUUAAAAUCUCGGAUUGGCGCCAUCAUGAUCCUAAUUCUGAGCAACUGCACCCAGAUUUGUAGGAAGGAAUUUGCAAAUGCUGAUCAUUUAUAUAUAUAUAUAUAUAUAUAUAUAUAUAUAUAUAUAUAUAUAUAUAUAUAUUAGAGAAAUCAUGCGUAUAUUUACUGGUUAACGCACUUAGCGAGCGAAUUAUCGGAAUUUACUUGCACGAGUUUAUUAACUAACAAUGAACGAGCAAUUUCAUUACCGACGGGGCUUUGCCAAAAAUUUUCUGUCAUUUCUCUUUAUAAACGAGUAAAAGUGCCAUAAAAUAGAAGGAGAGGUCGACUUGAUGGCAAAAAAUGUUAUUACUAGAUGCAAUGAUAAACUAAGAGGGAACAAAAAAGGCUAAGGGGGAGGGGAGUGGAGAAUAUUAAUCCAAUUAGCGCAGAGAAUUAAAUGUAAUGGCAAUGGUUUUCCUUGAAUUCCUUAGGUAUGGCGACCGCGCCCCUCUGAGCCACAAGGGACGGUCUUUUGCUAUGCUUUGGACACUUACUGGACUAGUCAUCAUUUCCCUAACCAUGGCAAUGAUCACCACAGCACUCACAUCAAUUACUCUGCAGAGUAAAAUAAAACUGUACGGAAGCAAGGUAAUCAGCGGCUUUCCCAUUCUUGACAAACCUUUUAUGUAGAACGCACCGAUACAUACAACUUCCUAUCGUAACUGAAAAGGUUGCUGAUAAAGAUUCGUUCGAACAUCUCAUCGUUUUUUAGUAUCACUUUUUCUCUGCCGUUCGCAACUCUGACGAGAGCAGGAAAGGUAGUUCGUAAAAUAAAAUAAGGAAAUUUCAGCUGCGCGUCGAAAGCCUGAACCAUUAGUCUCAACAGAUUCUUAAUUAGGAGACCAUAGAAAACGCUGACAGGAGCCAAGUAAUGGGCUCCUGCCAGUGACUAGAUAUUUUGCAUCAUUAUGCUCUAAGAUUGAUUUUUAAAAAAUCGCAUCAUCCUCUAAUCCAACCAAAACCAAUGACAACUUGGUCAACGGCAUUUUCCCGCCCUUCAACCAGUCACAUGGUCUAACUUUAAGUUGUCAUCGGCCGUUAACAUUUUCCUCUCUCCCUAUUGGCCAUUCUGAUAAUUUUGGUCUUCUUGUUACGUUACUCAAUAAUCAAAGUAACUGAGUGAUGAUUUGUUUGAGUCAGCCUUCAUUUCACUGGGAGGUUGGCAGGACUUUUCUAGACCGAUCACAAAGCGAAAUAAAGUAAAGCAAACACAGUGCAAAACGGAUACCUAUUGUUAUUCUAUAGUUCCACUAGGAUACCAUCCCUAUAAAAAACAAAGUUAACGAAUCAUGGUAUUAAUCUUCUUCAGGUCGCAGCUGAGUUCAAUUCUCCCGAAUAUAACGUGGCAACGAGACGAAAUGCUAAGAUUGAUCCAGGUACCUUAUCACAAAGUUAAAUAACUAUACAUAUCGGAUAAAAUGUACACCGUGAUAUGGGAUGGGUAACCGAUUCAUCGCAGCCCCCUCCCCCCCCCCCCCCUUCGAAAGUUUAUUGGCCUUCCCUGACGGUUCGCUGAUAUGUAUUUGCACUUCAGUGUGGAAAGAGGCACCACAAUGAUCCGAACAGGUCACAAACACGAACCUCUCAACCCAGAGUCCAGCGCGCCAUGUGUUUAGCUACCAAGUUUUCACCAAUCUUACUUACUUGGCUGUUCUUCGUAAACUUUCCAACUUACUUAAUUUACGUAUUAGUUUUGAUCAAACGUAGGCGUUAAUAAAAUAAUAGUUUUUUUUUUAUAACAAAGCACAAGCCACCUGAUCUGAGACCACAAAGAGUUACGAAGCACCAUGUAGCAUGAGUAUUGUUUCCUUUUUCUUCAACAUACGCGACUAGAGAACCGCCCUGUUCAUUAAGAAAUUGCAUUUACCCCCCCCUCCCCCCACGACAAAGCACUCCCUUUCCGACCCCCUCACCAAAUAACUAAACACCAUAUGUUUUUGUUUCACUUUGAAGGGAAAGAAUAUAAAGGUGUCGAUGACAUGACGGAGGCACUUUUGAACAGAGAAGUCGAAGGGAUUCUGGUGGAUACUUAUUCUGCGGGCUUGCGAAGCGAUCUCUUCAAUCGCCCCGGGCUACAAGUCAAUGAGAUCCUUGACUACAAGACCGCAUAUGGCGUGGUACUCAGUCCUAAAGUGACCCAACUUGGCAAGUGUUUCGAGCGCUACUUAACCUCUCACAGAGCGGAGAUUUUCGAGAUGAUCAAAAGAAAAGCGAAGCCGAUUGAGGUGAGCAAGAGAUAGUCGCAUAAGAAUCGAAGCAAAGCUCUUUGAGUUGCGGUUCAUCCCUUUUUACUUGAUAAACUAAAUUAUCCCUUCAACCCCUUGGAGUGAUUAGUUACUAUUUUCUCCAAUCAGUAACACCCCUAAAACAAAGAUUGUCAUGAGAAUAAAGGAAAUGAUCACCCACUAAAGAAGCUCUUGAUUGUUAAACAAAUUCUCUUUGUCAGUAACAUAGGAAAUAUGUAGAGAACAGUAUGGAGUAAAUGUAUACUGACGUUAGGGUGUAAAGGGUUAUGGACGCAGUUUGACUGGUUCUUGCUUAUGACGCCACCAUUAACAAUGUUUUAAAACAAUUGGAUUCCAUGGUACCAUAGGUCUGUUCCGUUGUUGAUCAGAGAAAACGUCAAGAUGUGAUAACGACAUCAUUGACACUCAGCUGCGCCUCGUGUGAAACUUUUUUUUCCCGCUUUUUAACGUCAUCUGUGAUGCAACACUGAACAAACACCCGGCAACAUUGAGUCUGUUAGUUUAACUCCUUACACCCUAAUAUAAGUACAGGUAUCCUCCAUACUGUUCCCCGUACAUUUCUUAUGGUGCUGACAAGGAGAAUUUGUGUAACAAUCAACAGCUUCUUUUGGUGCUGAUAAUUUUCUUUGUUCUCAUAACCUUACUGCAUGAUUCAGGGGUGAUCUUGUAAGGAGAAAUUAGAUGCUAGUCAGCCUUGGGGGUUAAAGGGUUAAUUGUUGUAGUUUGAUAUAAGGUAAGGGUGGGAAAUUCCAGGAGAAUCAUUUUAUGGUAAACAUACUUAGCGUAAUACAUCCGAAGGUAAAUAAAAUAUUGAAAAGCGUAGAAUAGUCCCUAAAAGGCGAUAUUUCAACCGAGAUAGGGAAAUCACUCAUAGGAACUGCCCCUUGUCGCGUGUGGUAUAGCCACACCUUUCAUUUCACCCAACGUUUUACUAGAAUUUAUGUUUGUUCCGAACCGACUCAACAGUAAUAAUAACAACGAUGACAACGAUAACGAUGACGAUGUCUUUUUCAAUGUUUUUUUUUAGCACGAAAUACUUCAUUCCCCUUCAGGCCAAUUUUAAAAGAUUAUUUUUGAUAGUUUCGCAACCUUUUUUUUCUUUUUCUUUUUUUGCAAACUGGAGGUUUCUUUCAAGCGUACUAUGUAUUGAGAAAACACCCUAUCCCUUCAUACAGUGGAAGGAAGAGCAACUUAUCAUAGUGCAAGCUUAAUCCAGGUUCCAUUAUAAACAUGUUUUCAUUAUGUUUUACUCCAGACUUCUGGCGCCAAGGAAACGUCCGAAGAAGAGGCAUCAGGCGGUCUACUGGACAGUGGUUCUCCCACCUUCCUAAAGGCAUUGAAGUACGCAUGCGUGUCGUUAGGAAUUGCCCUUGUCCUGUCGCUCAUAUACGAGUGCAUUCGUUGUAUAAGAGCAAGGCAAAAAGUUCACCAAAAAGGUAAGGAUAACGAUAUCUUCUUCUGCCCUUAAAGCAACUUUUAAUUUUAAACUUUAAUUUUCAAUAUUUUUCGGAACACCAAAAGGGAUUUCGCUUUGCAUGUGGCAAAGUAAACUGAAGAAAGUCGUCCUCGUUUACCACAAAACAAACAAACAAAUGUAACGGACUGGUCAUUAUUUAUCUCUGGGAGAGUCAGAGGAUUUUAUAUGUGUUGCGAUAAAAUUUACCUGAUAUAUGGCUCUCUUAUAAUCUUAUGACCCCCCUUCCCCAUUCCCUCAUGGACGGUUAGGUGGCAGUCUAUUUUCUAUACUCAUUCCCUCUGAAGACCAUGUGACCCUGUCCGAAAAUCUCUGUCUCACCCCUCCCCCCCUCCCCGCUCCAUGCGAUAAAAAAAAGUAUUGGUCCCUGUACCGAAAAGAAUGAAAAAUAGGCUCAUCUGAAGCAACAAAACUAGCAAUUAAAAUCACUACUUUUUCUUCGAAGAGAGCCAUAAGGCAAAGCUUCAAGAAGAAAUGCAGACCCUAGUGGAAGAGUUUAACCAGCGCGUGCUGGAAGUUAAGAUGAAAUUGAGGGAGAAGCACAUCAGACAAAUCAUCAAAUAUUGGAAACUGCAGAAAAAAUCGAUGUGCUCGGCUGGGAUGGAACAUGAAUGGCUAAGGAUUUCCACUGCGUCUCCACACAAUGGUGAACUCACUAUAUCUGAGAUAUAAUCAUCUGAGCUUUUUUAGAUACGACAGAGCUAGUGUGACCCCUAUAGCUUCCCAUUCAAGAGAGUAACAACACGAUGUUUUACGUAACUAUUUUCUGACGUGCAAAGCUAGCUUCAACUUGAAAGUGGAAAAUAUUUGUUGGGCAAGUUAGAGCAAACACGGCUAAGGAUGGAGAAAAUUGCCACGGAUUGCAAAUAUUCAAAUCGAGUAAUCAUUAAGGACAUUCCCUUGUUUCGUAUCACGCGUCGUUACAAAAAAAUUGCAUGUGCAAGAAAUGGCGGGUUUCUGUUCGAGGCCAUGGUUUUCAUUUCUUUGUGUGGGUGUGUUUGUGUGUGUACGACUGUGAUGCUUCCAUUUUUCACUGUAAAUUGAUAAUCCUUCCUAAAAAAAAAAAAAGAAAAAAAUUGCUCUAUGAAUGGUUGCGAGAAAUCAAACCAUUCUCUCCACCAACAAAACCAACUGUUUGACCACUAACGUUUUCCACAUCGAGUUCUCACUGGCUUUUCAAAAUAUUAACCUUUCUUCUGGACAGCUUCAAUGACGACUUUGAUUUCUUAUUUAUGAUGCUUCAUUGAAAUUAAAGCACUCUGACAACCAAUGGGCAGAAGCGACUAACACAUCCUGCGUGUGAUGCGCUGUUUAUCUUGAUCAAACACUAAACCCAGUUUGAUUCACAUUCAAAUCCCUUUGAGAUAAGCAACCGUACGAGUUUGGUAAAAAUUUCGCUGAAAGAUUUACUUCAGAUUAAUGAUAUUUUCCGUGCAACUUUUGUCAAGGCUGUUGCUCUCAUUUUACUUACGUAAAUCAGAUAAUUCUCCUACGUUUGUUAAGCAUUCAUCGCGAUUGACUCGCGAGCAAUGUAAAAAAAGUAUAUAUAUAUGAUUAUCUUCCAAGAGGAGAUUUGAACGACAUUUUCCACUGAAAAACCUUAAAAUGGUCUUGAAUGAUGAAAGAUGACUCACUUUAGGUAAUUAUUUUUAAAUUAGCAAGAAUCUGCUCAAAUACCACAUACCUCCCUUUUCCACAUUCAUUAUUGUAGACAGUAGCUUACAGUCAUUAAUUAAUCAAUACGUGUGUCGUUAAAACAAUAGAGAGUGAUUACUAAGGUUUAUGUACAUUUAAAAGGUUUAGUUGAGUUGGUAAGGAAUAAGCUUUGUACAACAUCAAGACACAUAGAUAAACCUUUGUAAAAAAUGUACGUGCAGUGUGACGUUAAAACAAUACAGAGUGAUUUCUAAGGUUUUUGUACAUAAAUAGGGUUUAGUUCAGUUGGUAGGAAUAAGCUUUGUACAACAGCAAAACACAUAGAUGACACUUUCUAAAAAAUGUACGUGCAGUUACUUGGAAAACAAACGUAGGAUAAAGCCAAGUUAAAGUAGGGUAAAAUAAAGUUAUUUUGUGCUCAGCAAAAAGUGAUUACUUUGUUUUCGCUGUUAUCUGAGUAUAGUUUACCAGAGACACGCC